AGAUCCUGUUUCCAGCCUCACCUUUUCAUCUGAACUUGGUUUUAAGCUUUUGCCACCAUGCCUGCUGAUUACAAUGGGACGUGGGAAAUGGAAACCAAUGAAAACUUUGAAGGCUACAUGGUUGCUUUAGAUAUUGAUUUUGCGACUCGUAAGGUUGCAAAACACUUGAAACAAACAAAGGAGAUUAUUCAAGAUGGAGAUAAUUUUAAAACAAAAACACUCAGUACUUUCAGAAACUAUGAACUGAAUUACACCGUGGGAGUGGAGUUUGAAGAGCAUACCAAAGGACUGGAUAAUCGAGUGGUAAAGACACUAGUGACCUGGGAUGGUGACAAACUGGUAUGUGUUCAGCAAGGUGAAAAGAAAAACAGGGGCUGGAAGCAUUGGAUUGAAGGGGACCUACUGCAUCUGGAACUGACAUGUGAAGACCAGGUGUGCCAUCAGAUAUUUAGGAAGAAAAAAUAAAAUUUACCAGAAAGCCACACAGAUCUUCAUCACACUAACAUGCUGUUAUGUUUUGUCUAAAAAGAAGAAUGAAGCCAGAUUUGCAAUAAUUCUUUGACAUGGCUAUGUGGAUGUAUUUUGUGCAUGUUUAUGGAAACAAUUCAUUUUAUAGAAAUAGCAUCAAACAGUUAUGGACAUCAUAAA